AAAUCCUUGCCGAGAAAGCUCCCUCGGUUUUGCUUCUUCUUGAAUAAUUUUAUUAUUAUUAUUAUUAUUUACCCGAAGGCGAAAUUAAAACCCUCGCUUCCUCUCUCGCGCUCCCUUUCCGCCACCGCGCGUCUCCUCGGGCGCCCGCGAUGUACAAGCUCGGACGGGGCGGAGGCGGCGCGGCCUCCCGGGACGAGACCUUCGGCCUCGCGCGGGGGGACCCCCUCGAGUUCGGGGCGAUCAUACGCCUCACCCCCGACCUAAUCGAGGAGAUCAGGCGCGCCGAGGCCCAGGGCGGCGUCGCCAGGAUCAAGUUCGACUCCAACUUGAUCAAUCCUUCGGAGAACGUCAUAAAUGUGGGUGGCAAGGAAUUCAAAUUUACAUGGUCAAAGGAACUCGGUGACUUAUGUGAUAUUUAUGAGGAACGUCGUAGUGGAGAAGAUGGAGAUGGAUUGCUUGUUGAGUGUGGCUCUGCUUGGAGAAAGCUGAAUGUACAGCGAAUUCUAGAUGAGUCAACAAAGAACCAUGUCAAAAUGCGCUCCGAGGAGGCUGAACGCCAAUCUAAAUCUCGAAAAGCAAUUGUAUUAGACCCUGCAAAUCCUUCUGUGAAAAGUCAGGCGAAAUCAAUGGCUGCAGCCGCAGUUGAAGGAAAUAUGCGGAGGAUGGGAUGGAAGAAAAAGGAACCCUUUUUUAAGAAGCGAAAGGUUGAAUCAAGUCAAGCUCCCACUGUUGCUCCUCCUAAAUCUAUUACGAAAACUGGAUUAUUGUCGAACAAUGUUGUGAAAGGAGUUCCGUUAGUAUCGCCUGUUCCCUCACCUCCUGAGCAAUCUCGAUUGGCCGUUUCUGCAUCCCCUGCUGGAAUUUCAACUGCUUUUCGUGGAAAUUUAAAUUAUGAAGAAAUUACCCCUGCAAAUGUAAAUAAAGAGGAAACUAGCAACUUUGAGAAAGAAACACCUAGCAGGGCUGCAAUUGGAGUGAAAAAUCGAAUAAGUGGACAUUCUGAAGGCAUUGGUGACAAACCAACAGAUUUGCAAAACUUGUUGAUAACUCGACUCUCAGAAAAUCCAAAAGGGAUGAGCUUAAAGGCUUUGGAAAAAGCUGUGGGAGAAUCUAUUCCAAGCUCUGCAAAAAAAAUUGAGAGUCUCCUAAAAAAUAUUGCAUCUCUCCAAGUGGCAGGAAAGUAUUUUCUGAAGCCGGGAGUAGAAGUUGAAAGCUCUAAAAGGCAUAUAUCUGACAGUGGAAGCUCUCCAGAGAACGCACCUCUUCAUACAUUAGUUGCAGAAUCAAUCACUGUAGACAAAGACGUCAUUGAGAAAAUCGAUGAGAAAGCCCAUUCAGACUUGAACGUAGAAGAAGAAUCAUCCCCUUUUGAGAAGAUUGACAUAGUGGGAUCCCCAGAAACUGUUGUUGGUGAUCAGAAGGUCAACAAUGACAGCGAUGAAAGAGCUUACAGUUCUAGUGAAAGCGGAAGUGACAGCGACAGUGAAAGCGAUAGCAGUGGCAGUGGGAGUGACAGUAGCCGAAGUAGAAGCAAAAGCAGAAGCCCUGCAGGAAGUGCUAGUGCGAGCAGCAGUGACAGUGAAAGUGAUGGUUCCUCUAGCAGCAAAGAGGGUUCUGAUGUGGUAGUUGAUAUUACCGAUGAUGAGAAAGAAGUGGAGCACAAAACAAAGGAAGCUGACUUAAACUUGUCUCCCUCGCCUGGAGAAUGGAAAGCAACUGAAGAUCAGAAUGAGAAAAGUAUUCUUGGAACGAACCAAGAGAAAAGAGUUGCAUCACCACUCUUUAAUUUGAAUGAAUUUGAAAAGGAUGAUGACGCAAUUCAUGCAACUUCAGUUACUGAAAACUUGUCUCAUGGAGUGAACUCUAAGGACCAUCAAACAUUGGGUAUUAAACACUCAAUGAAUAAUCAAAGCAACCGAAUUCUGAAACAGAGCUUUCCACAUACAGCAGUGAAGGAUAAGCCUAUCCAUGAGCUAUCAAACAUCAAUGAAAGAAGCUUGAAAUCCAAAUCAAAAAGGUCCUUGGGUUCUGAGAGCUUUCUGGAGAAGCCAGAAACUGCUAAAAAGCCAAGGGCUGCAAACUUAGCACAAGUCAUGCCCCCAGGAAAAACUAUGGAUGCGUCCGUUUUGGACAAUGUACAUUAUUUGUCUCCUGAUGGACCUGUGCAGGAUAGGCCGAAGAAGCAGAUAAAUAAUGCUGAGUGGGAUGGACGUACAAGUGUAAAUGCUGAUCAGUCAACGCAAAGAUUUGAACAGAUUAAUGCUAGGAAGAAGGUUACAGAUAAAAUGCAGAGAACUGGCAAUAAUGUGGAAAACUUGGGAAGAGGCAAUACACAUGAAGGGGUUUCUGUUCGUUCUGAUGAGUUGGAUUCAUUCACUACAAAGAACAGGAGCACACAGGAUAAACCUUCUGUACCAAAUGAAAAAAUGCGUAAAUUUGGGAAAAUUGUUAACACCGACACGAAUGAUAAAUAUUUAACCAAAAAUGCUAGGGAUUCUGACAAUCAUUUAAUUAUUUCUGACUCCUAUGAUAGAAAUUCUACUGAACUUAGUGGAAUUAUCAGAGAUAAUGGUCAACCGUCUCGCAAGAACAAGCUUGAUUUUGAGAAAUCCCCAGCUAACGGGAAGGGAAGAAUGCUCCAAAGAGAGCUUUCCGAUCUUGAAUUAGGUGAGUUUCGUGAACCCCUUGUUGUUGAGUCGUCUGCCAAGAAUAAGGGACAAUACGAGGAAAAAGGUUCUUUCAAGUCAUUAGAGAACAAGGUGAGUGCUGUUGAUAUCACCAGUUCUGAUAUAAGUAAGGGAAGAAUUGCUCCAAAUGAACUUAAUGAACAGAAGGAACUAUCACCCUUGCUUAAGGAUAUCACGAGGCCUCCGAAAAAGGCAAUGCUUUCUCAAAAUCAACAGUUCUCGAGGAUCGACCAUUCUGCUUUCGAGAGUGUAACGCAUUUGGAUAAGUUGGCCGAAGUAGCUAAUAAAAAUGACUCAAGAGCAAUCCGGGGUGUGAAUCUGGAUUAUGCAGGUUCUGACAAGAAAAGUCCUGUUGCUAGGUUUCCGCAACAUGAUAAUAAGCAUGAUGGUCAGAUGGGUAAUAAAAAGGUAAUGGAAUCCAAAAUGCAGAAGUCAAAUGCCCUUGGAAUGUCUGUGGAAAGAAGUAAGAAUAGUUUUGCUGUGGAGAGUGAUGUUAACGGCAGGAAAAGAAUGGAUUGUUCUUCUGAUGAAGAUAGUUUCUUUUACUUAAAGUAUGACAAAGAUGAGCCGGAGCUCAAGGGCCCUAUAAAAGAUUUCUUGCAAUACAAGGGAUAUGUGCAGGAGUACAAUGAGAAAUACGUAGCCUACUGCUCUUUGAACAAGCAGUUAGAAAAAACACGGAAUGACUUUCUCAACAUUGGUCGUGAGCUUGAGCUUGCUAAAGAAAGAGAUAUGGCUGAAUAUUUUAGUAUCGUAGAUAAGCUGAGAGACAUGUAUCGCCAAUCUGAAGCGAGACAUAAGCAGAUGAAGAAAGUUUUCAUCCUUCUGCAUGAAGAGUUGAAGAGCAUCAAAGAAAGAAUUAAAGAAUAUGCUGAGGCUUAUGCGAAAGAGUGAACAUGUCUCGUUAUUUGAAACCUGAUGUCAUGACAUUUAUGGUUGUUUCUCAGAGGCAGUCCUGCUGCACCAUAGCAGAAGUUUGAAGCACCGUAAUUUGGGGUAUCGCCUUGCGGAAUAAAGAGUAUUUAUUUGGUUUAAAUUACUUGAUGGAGGGGCCUCAAUCAGCAACAGAGAUAUUAAGAUGCCACAAACCUCCGUGGCUCAUUCAGCACCCUCAACUGUGGGCAUCUGGUUCUCAAAAAGCAUGUGUAAGGUGUGGCACAGAUUCCACUCUUUUCACCUGUUUUUCAACUGGAGGACACUUUUUUACCUAUAUUGGCAAUAAUUUGACGACGCUGCUGAUGAUAAACCCGGCAAUUUGGCAUCUUGGUCCUUGAUGGAGCGGCUCGCCUUUUUCUUUGCUGUAAAUAUUAGUGGCAGAUGUCCUCUUCUGUAAAAUUAUUCGUACCUUUCGGGGUACUUAAAAAGUUGUAUCUUAGAAUAUAAUUUUAUGAAACGGACAAGGUUGGCGCGCAAGGAAGAUCUAUGGUCAGCUUUGCGGAGUGUGCUCAGAUUUACCGGAACAAGAUGCUUUUCAAUACAUGGCAGGUUCUCGAAUGUUUAAAGAUAAUAUUCUCUGGAGGAACUAGAUGCUUGUUAGCAGUAGACCUAGCAUUUUGAAGAGCUGCACUAGAGAGACUGUAGAAAAUCUCUGUUGUCAAUCUAAGCUCCGAAUCUAAUUAUGUAAAAAGUGAAAGAACUAGUCCACUAAUUAUUUGGGAGGGAAAAAUGUUUAACUUGUU